AUGAAGAUAAUAGGUACGGGGAACGAGUUAGUUUUAUAAAUCCUUUACGAUAACAAUUUACGAGACGGUUUAUAACAUAUUAUUAUAUAUUUAUAUUAUAUGCUGUUGUAGUGUGGGGCAAUGAAUACAAUAUAUUAUGAAAUAUUGAAAUCACAAGCUCUCGAUGCAUUUCUCGCGCGAUUAUUUUCUAUGCAAUUUCACGGAGGUGGAUGCAUCGACAUUUGGUAGGUACUCGUAGCCGUCGCUUGUUUGGUUGCAGGAGAAGACCACGGCGAAUCGAGAAACGCGAUGACGAUCGAUGGCAAGUGAAAAAUAAAACACAACGACACCUCCGGCCACACGGGGCCACGACAUGCGGGCCCGGCCGGAGAGUUGUUGUCCCGCAGCUCACAGUCUCACACACACACACACACACACACACACACACACACAUACACACACACAUACACACACACAUACACACACACACACACGUUUGCGUAAUUGCGCAGGUACUUCUUACAUAAUAUUAUGUAUGAAAUCAUGGAUAUAAUUAUUUAAAAUCAUUACUGUAGGCCGUAGUCAAUAGUCAUUAAACGGCAAGGGUGUCUGCGCGUGCGCGUUCGGCGCCCGGCUAGCCGUGACGAAGUCGUAGCACGCAACGUCGCGAACUCGCGAUUCGCAUUGAUUCCGACUGACGAAUGACGGACAGGCCUCGCGGUUGUCUCCGAUCUCCGCGGUGCACAGUCCACAGUCUGCGACCGGCGUACGACGCCCACCCGAGUCGUGUUUGCACUCGGACCUGGCAAUUAGCCCAGCCGCCGUUGCCGUUGUCGCGGUACACUGGUGGCACCCAACCGGCGAUAGGCGCUCGCCGUGGUCCGCCGAAAUCCCCGGCGGUCAAAGCUCUCCAGUGGUCGCCAUGACCACCUACCUAGACCUCGGGCCGUUGUGUUUUUCGUUGCGCUCCGAAAAAGUGGUCGAAGUGCUGUACAGACGGACCGACAAAUUCCAGUCGACCAUCAGCAUGUUGUGCAGCCGCUUCGUAGCCAACAUCAGAUAUCCUGAUACCUCAAAUGAUGAAAUUAUAGAAAACGAAAAGUUUAGUGAUGAAGAAUUUGAUUUACAUUCAGAUAAAUCCAAAUUAGGCACUACAAUUGUUGAAAACGAGCCAUGUUAUUAUAAAAUGAAAUUAUACGAUAAAGGAGUACACAAAAUUAAUGAAGCUCUUAAAGAUAUAGGUUUAAAAGUGUGUAAUUUGAAUUCUAGACAAUAUAAUAUGGAGCCAUUACAGAUAUAUUAUCAUAAGAAUAAUAUUGCAAGUAUUCAAAAUAGAAAUUAUUCGCCAAAAUCAAAUAGUUCAAUAGAUAGUCCGAAUAAAUAUUUAUGCGAAGAAAGUGAUUACAAGUCAGUUUCUUCUACACUGUCUUCAGAAAGGAUAUUUUACAUGGAUGUUAAUGAGAAUAGAAAUCAUUAUCAAGAUCAAUCAUUAACUUCAAAAAGUUCUGGAUCUAUUCGCAGAGGAAAAAGAUGUGCUCAUAAGCCUUGUAAUCGAAAAAGGUUUUCCAAUAGAUACUGGACAAUGAGGCAUAUGUUAUUUUCAAAAUUUGAACAUGGUAUUCUACUGGACGAUGAAAGCUUUUAUUCUGUGUGUCCAGAAAUAUUAAGUUACCAUAUAGCGAAACGUUGUAAGAAUGACAUUGCCUUGGACCCUUUUUGUGGGGCUGGUGGGAAUAUAAUUCAAUUAGCAUUUACAUCCAAUUUAGUUAUAGCAGUUGAUAUAGAUCCGUUUAAAAUAAAACUAGCACGGAACAAUGCCGAGAUAUAUGGUGUAGCUGAUAAAAUUGAAUUUAUUGUUGGUAAUUUCUUUGAAAUUUGUUCAAUGUUAAAAGCUGAUGUUAUAUGCAUGUCGCCCCCAUGGGGCGGUCCAGAAUAUGUGAUCAAUGAUAGCUUUAGUAUUGCAUCCAUGUGCAAGAAUUAUAAAUUUGGUGGUUUUACUAUUUUUGAUAUGGUUAAAAAUAUUGCUCCUAAUAUUGCAUUUCAUAUGCCCAAAACCACAAAUGUAUUUGAAUGUUUAUGGUUAGCAAGAUAUUUUGGAAAAGUAGAAAUUCAACAGAAUAUUAUAAAUCAAAAGCUGAAUUCAAUUACAGCAUUUUAUGGAGAUUUUAUUGAUAUAACUAGCAACGACUAUUAGAAAUAUAUAUAUAGAACUAAUUUUAAUAAAAUCUAGUCUUAUAACACCAUAUCAAGUGUUUGUUUAUUGAUAUGACGACUUAAUAUGUUUUAUUUAGAUAAUUUAUUUUUUGAACAUAUUAUUUGUUAUAACUGUCCUACUUUCUCUAUUUUAAUUUAUUAUUGUAUUAUUGUAAGGUAAGGUAGCAUUGAAAACUUGCAAUAAAACAACUACUUUAAAUUGAAUAGUCAACGUAACAAAUAAUAAUAUAAUACAUAAAUUAUUGUUCCACUUUAUUUCCAUUUGAAUUUCUGGUAAUAUAUUUAUGUUAGGUUUAUAUUCAAUACAAUUUUAGCAACCUAUAAUUCAAUUAAUAAGUUGUUUUUGUACUAUUAAUUAAUUUACUAAACGUUUUAAUCAUAUAUCUUUUUUCAGUAGGUGGUGAUUUAACUGGAAUUCAUAAGUUAGUCAAUGAUAGUUCCCAAGUUAAUAUAAUACUAAAGCAAAAUAAAUUGUGUUAUACUGGCAAAUAGUGGCAAUAAUACAUUUCUGAAAACUUCCAAGUUAUAUUGUAUAUAUUAAUACUAUAUAAUAUAAUAUAUAGUAUGUACCAGGUGUUAACCCAGGGUAAUUAUUAUAGGGUAAGGGGUUUAUACUUUAUGAAUGUAAUUUUUAAAAUAAGAUAGAACUAAUUUAUUGUGAUAAAUAUUUCUUUACAUUGUAAAUUUGUAAAGAAAUAAACGUUCAACCAGAAAUUAAAACAACUUGGUUUGGCUAGUUAGGCUAUGUAGGUAGCUUAAUUGAAAGAAACCCUUUUUAUUUAAAUAUUACAAAAUUGAAAAAAGUAAAUAAUGGGGAAAGUAAGUAACUGCACAGUUGCAUAAGAAGUGUCGAGUGUAUCUCGUCAUUGAGUAAGUUACUGUGAUAUUGUAAUGUACAUAUUAUAUUGUGUCUAACUUAAAAUCAUUAUUCAUUUCCAGGGUAGAAAACUUGUGCUCUAAAAAAUCACAAAAUAUGCUCUAAAAUGUACAAAAUAUGCAUUAUAAAAUAAGAUUUUUUGUAUGAAUAUAUUUUAUUUAAAUGUUGAUGUCUGCAGACGACCUCCCCGGGCCCGAUAUCUUAUGCAGUGAACAAUAUCUGUACAUAAAUGAAAUAAAUCUAAUCGGAAAGCCUUGAGAAGUGUCUCUAAGAAAAACAUGCGUGUGGAAACAGCCAACAACCAUAUUAAUAUGAUCAACAUUUUAAAUAAUUUUAAAUUCAUCAUUAUUUUAGUUGUAUAUUAAAUAUUUAAAUAAAAUAAAAAACGUUGACGGAAAAAAUAUUGAAAAUAUUCAUCAUAACGUAUUAAAUCGAAGAAGUAUGCUAGUAUGCACUAAAACCAGCUUUGUUUCAGCAGUAUUUGUUUCUUACUCUGCUGAAGUGCUGACUGCUAUUUUUGUGAUCGUGCAAAACAAAUAUGCAAAUGCUACAAGUCCUCUGCCCUAUUCAUUACCUGCACACGAAAAACGUUUAUGAAGACUGUCAGAUUACAUGAGCUUAUUAUAAUACAAAGUAUAUUAUUUAAUAAUAUUUAUGUUUAUACUGUUGUUUAUUUUACCACAGUAAACUCGAUUGUCCGAAAAAUACAAAUCAAAA